GGCCUGUGAACUUGUUCACCCAUCUCUUCUUCUCCUCACUCUCAUUCUUUUCCCAUUUCCAUUUCCAUUUCCAUUUCCCCUUCUCUGCUGAUGUAGAUAGAGAAUAAAAAGCGACCAGUGUGUUUUGCAGUGAGAAACAAAGAGAUUGGUCAUUCUCUUCAGUGGCUUGCUUUUGUUCUUUGUGUUGAUGGGUGAAGAGGGGGAAGAGGUGUCAAGAGACAAGAAGGAACUACCCAUGGGAGUUAAUGGACAUGAGUGCUUCUAUAGUACUACUACUUCCUCUGCUAAUUGGCGCUCUUUAAGACACCCCAAUUCCUAUUCAAUGCCUCCUUUUAAGUGAAAACAACACUAAACAAAAAACACACUCCUUCUCACUGCUUUUCUUCCUGAGAUCUUAAUUCACAUUCACAAACAAUAAAGGGAUCAAUUUUAACUUCCUUCAUCUAAUAAGAUCCGUUCUUUUUCACUCAUGAAGAGACUUGCCAGCUCCGAUUCUCUCGGUGCUCUCAUCACGAUUUGUCCUCCAACAGACGAACAUAGUCCGAGGAACAACCACGUGUAUGGCAGGGAGUUUCAGUCCAUGCUUGAAGGACUCGACGAAGAAGGGUGCGUGGAGGAACCAGGGCACCACGCUGAGAAGAAACGAAGACUAAGCGUGGAUCAGGUUAAGGCCUUGGAGAAGAACUUCGAAGUAGAGAACAAACUCGAACCUGACAGAAAAGUUAAGCUGGCGCAAGAGCUUGGCUUGCAACCACGACAAGUAGCGGUUUGGUUCCAAAACCGUCGUGCCAGGUGGAAAACAAAGCAAUUGGAAAGAGACUAUGGAGUUCUCAAAGCCAAAUAUGAAACGCUUAAACUUAGCUUCGACACCCUCCAACAAGACAACGAAGCGUUACUCAAAGAGAUUAAGGAGUUGAAAUCGAGGGGGGAGGGGGAGAACACCGAAAGCGAUGGUUCGGUGAAGGAAGAGAUGGUAACUGUGGCGUUUUGUGAAACCCCCAUUCCUGGAUCGGAGACGAAGGAGUUGAGUAAUGAGUGUUUGAAUAAGAGUGAAGGUUCGGUUUUGAAAGACGGUUCUUCGGAAAGCGACUCUAGCGCGAUCCUGAACGAUGAGAACAACAAUUCGUCAUGCGGGGUUCUGCAAAGUGAGAGCCUGAUGAACUGCUUCCAGUUUCAGAAGCAGUACGUGAAGAUGGAGGAUGAGGAUGAGGAGCAGAAUUUUCUGAGUGCGGACGAGGCGUGCAAUUUCUUCGCGGAUGAACAAGCGCCAACGCUGCAGUGGUACUGUUCAGAAGAGUGGAGUUAAGGCCUAAGGGUAAUAACGUGUAUUGCAGUGUACAGUAAUGGAGAGGUUUGUAAAAAAAGUGAAAGCCAAGUUGAAGAAUUUGAUAGAGAAGGAGGGGCUGGAAGAAGAAGAAGAAGAAGAAGAAGAAGGGUAAUAACUAAUAAUAAUGAUGAAUGUGAAUCUCUGGGCCGUGCGGGGUAAUUUAUGAAUAAUGAUUAGGUCGUAAUGAAAUUAAAUCUUUCAUGUAAAACUCCAAUUCACCCAUGCUUUCAUCAUCACUUUUAUCGCCUUCUAUUUUUCUACACUCUA